GUGUAUACAAUAGAAGUUCAAAAUACAGAAGCUAUGUUUGUUUAUAUAGUAAGAAAUGAAACAUAAAAAUAUUGGUUGUGUUCAUUUAAAACAAGAUACCAAUGAACACCUGAAAUAUUAGUACAGAAACAUAGAAAAUGAAAGGGUUAUAUAGCGCAAAGGCUUCUUGUAUUUAAAGAUGGAUCCAUUGUCAUUAUCAAAAACCAGGAUUUAACCAGCAUGCACCUUGACACUGCCAUGUAACCUUUGACCUGUUGGACUGCAGAAGGAAUGACUUUUGAAGUGUAAGAUGAGGAGGAGGAGUUUUAUGAUUUCAUAAACUCUGGAGAUAUGUGCGUUUUUCUUUGCCUUUGGCAUCUGUAACACUGACGCUGCCUGAGGGGACUCAAGAGCACUACUUGUGUGUGUGCGUGCGCGUACACUUCCCUUGAGGCCGAACAGAUCGGAUGACGUGCGGCGCGCAGACCCAAACUCUGUGGUGGGAACAUGUUGCGCGCUGUCAGACGGCUGAAUUUUGACUAGCACUGAGUCUGACAGGCGUCGCUUCCGGUGUACUUCUAAUGGCAGAUCACAAAUGCAAUAACCUUUCCGACCUGGACAUGGACGACGGACGACCACGACCCCAUACUUCUGCGGUGAUGUUCUCGGCCGCUGUCGUGGGCAACAUUGUGGCACUGGUCCUGCUGGAAGUCCGACGCAGGACGACAAGUCCAUCCUUGUACCACGUACUAGCGACUGCGCUCCUCAUGACGGACUUGCUUGGCAACAUCGCUGUCAGUCCUGUUGUACUAACAGCUUAUGCCCAGGGGAAGACUCUGGUGGGGAUGAGUUCAGGCGGGGAGUUGUGCGCUUACUUUGGGUUCAGCAUGACCUUCCUGUGCCUCUGCACGCUGGCGCUCUUGUGGUUAUUGGCUGUCGAACGCUACGUCUCCAUCGGUCACCCUUACUUUUACGAGAGGCACCUGAGCAAACGCUGUGGUUACAUCACUAUUUCUGUCGUCUACCUGAGCAGCGUCAUUUUUAGCCUCUCUGGUUUUGGUCAGUACGUGCAGUACUGCCCGGGCACCUGGUGCUUCCUGAAGAUGAGCCACGCCGAAGGAAAUUAUACAGUUUACAUCGGAUUUUACGCAUCCUUCAUCCUCAUCCUAACCUCCAGCACGGUCGUAUGUAACAUGUGUGUCAUUUUCCACUUGGUAGUGAUGCACAGGAGGCACAAAAAGCUCCGGGGAAGGGCUUUUGCGCGCUCGCAGUACCGCAGAUCUCUGUCCAUGACGGAGGAAGUGGAGCACCUCCUGCCGCUGGCUGUCAUCACUGUGGUGUUCAUCUGCUGCACUUUCCCUAUAGUGCUCCAAGUGUACAUAAACAUCACAGGCAGCUCUAAAGAAGAUGAUACAUCUGACCUCAAAGCUCUCCGUUUACUUUCAUUCCAUUCCAUCAUCAACCCCUGGGUCUUCAUCAUCCUCCGCCCUUCUGUUCUGAAAAUUAUCUGGAGGAAGUUGCGCAAACGACAGUGUAGAGUCAUCUGGGGAAAGACUGUCAGUACUAACCACAAAAAGACUGAGGAAGGCCAUGUUGUGCAAGAUGACAAUGGACAUAGUCGUAGAGAAGUUGCACAAAACAAGACAUCUCAGGUCUGACUGAAAAGAGAUGCAAAUGCCAAGUGUUAUGGGUGGUAGGUGCCAGUCUAUCUCAACACUGUGGUGGCCAGGGUUGAAGAGACCUGUUGCUGCCUUCCUAGACAUAAUAGAUAGCUGGCUGUUGAUGUUCCAUUCUGCGUUAACAGACAUCUGUGUCAGACUAGAAUAUGUUGACAGUAAUUAUUUUU